AUGGGAAAACUCAUCCGAUUGGAGCUUUUCAACUUCAAGUCCUACAAGGGCCACCAUGUGCUACUCUUCGGUGAUGCAUACUUCACCUCGAUUAUCGGGCCAAACGGCUCCGGCAAGUCUAAUUCCAUGGACGCGAUCUCUUUCGUGCUAGGAAUUAAAUCAUCCCACCUACGAUCAACCAAUCUUCGCGAUCUCGUGUACCGCGGUCGAGUUUUGCGCACUUCCAAAGUGGACGGAGAGCCUGCAGCCGACGAGCAGGAUGGCGAGCAGGAGGAGCCAGAGAACACCAACGCAUCCCAAGACGUGGCAGGAAAUGACCCCAAAUCCGCAUGGGUGAUGGCAGUCUACGAAGAUGAUGCCGGGGAGGAACAGCAAUGGAGCCGAUCGAUCACAAGCCAAGGUGUCAGCGAGUACCGCAUCAACAACCGCAUCGUCACUGCCCACCAAUACAAUGAAGCCCUUGAGGAAGAGAACAUCUUGAUCAAGGCGCGAAACUUCCUUGUCUUCCAAGGUGACGUUGAAGCGAUAGCGUCACAGUCGCCGAAAGACCUCACCCGGUUGAUCGAGCAGAUCUCUGGCAGCCUGGAGCACAAAGCUGACUACGAGAAGUUCAAGGCGGAGGCGGAGGAAGCUGCGGAGCAGCAGACCGUGCAGCUUAAUCGUCGGCGAGGAAUAAACUCCGAAGUGAAACAGUAUCAGGAGCAGAAGCGCGAGGCCGAGAAUUACGCGAAGAAGGCCGACGAACGCGAUCAGGCGAUCAUUACCCACAUUCUGUGGAAACUGUUUCACUUCCAGCGCUUGAUCGACGACUCGAGCGCAGAUAUUCAGAAGUACCACGAUGAGCUACGAGAAUAUCGCCGCGGUGUUGAUAAGUACGAAAAGAAUGUCGAAGAGGCCAAGAAGGACCAUGCCCGAGUUGGCAGAGAUGUCGGCAAAGCCGAGAAGAACAUCCACAAAAAGGAGAAGGAAAUAGAGGUGCUCAACACCUCGCUCGUGCCUGUUGACGAAAAGGUCGAUGUCAGCCACCGGGAGGUCGACAGACUGACUGCAAGGAUUAACCAAAUCGACGAAGAGCGCACAUCCCAAUCCACCAACGAAAAGAAACUGCAAAAAGAUUUGAAGCUUGUCGAGAAGGCCCAGGCUCAAUGGGAAGUCGAAUGGCAGAAGCUCAAGAACAAAAAGGGCGGCCAGCUCAGCGAGGCUGAUCAACAAGAGUACCACAAGCUGCGAGAACAAGUGAAUCUUCGCUCAUCCGCUGACUCUCUAAACCUUGACAAUCUCCGUCGACAGAGGAAGACCGAAACUGAGGCAGUGAACAGUCUGAAGGGCAAGUUUGAGACUAGCCAGCAGCAGCUUGAGUCAGUGGAAUCCGAUGUACAAAAUAUGAGCGAGCGUAAAUCAUCACUCAACGAGAAGACCAAGUCAACUUCCAAGGAUAUCGAUAACAAGAAGAAGGAGCUGAACGCAUUGACUUCGGAGCGAUUGAAGGUCUCUCAAAUGAGAACCGAACUGGAGGAGAAGCUUCAAGUGGUGCUACGCAAACUUCUUGAAGCAGACGAUGGCAAGAAGCAGACCGAACGCGAGAUUCGGGCAAAGGAAUUGAUCUCGUCCCUCAAGCGCAUCUUCCCGGGCGUGAAGGGUCGUGUCAGUGACCUUUGUCGUCCGAAGCAGAAGAAGUACUCCGACGCAGUGAGCACUGUACUUGGCCGGCACUUCGAUGCUAUCGUUGUUGAUAAUGAAAAGACUGCCAAGGAGUGUAUCCAGCACCUCCGUGAUCAACGAGCGGGACAGGCGACAUUCAUUCCCCUCGAAACCAUCCAGGUGAAGGCGUUCAACUCAAACUUGAAGGGAAUGCAUAGGGGUAUGCGCCCUGCCAUUGAGACUGUUGACUACGAUGACUCGGUUGCUCGCGCGAUCAGCUACGCAUGCGGAAACUCGAUUGUUUGUGACGAUCUUGCAACGGCCAAGUAUCUCUGCUACGAACGUAAUGUUGAUGCAAAGGCGGUUACUCUCGAUGGAACUGUCAUCCACAAGGGUGGUCUCAUGACUGGUGGACGUGGUCCUCAGCAGAACUCCAAGCGAUGGGAAGAUACAGAGGUCGAGAACCUGUACAAGCUCAAGGAGAAGUUGAUGAACGAUCUGGCAAACCUGCCCAAGAGCCACCGUCGGGGCUCAGAAGAGGAGACUCUCCAGGGUGAACUUGUCGGCUUGGAACAGCAGCUGCUCUAUUCUCGCGACGAGCUGAAAGCCCUUGAAAGAAAUCUCGAGAGCAAGCACAGCGAGUUGCAAUUUGUCAAGCAACAAGUGGAGGACUUGCGACCCAAGUACACAGAGCGUAAGGAGAAUCUCGACGAGCUUGACGAGACGAUUGAGACCUCACAAGCCUCCGUUAGCUCUGUCGAAGAUGAGAUUUACCGCAAGUUCUGCAAGCGCUUAGGAUACGACAACAUCCGGGAGUAUGAAGCGCAACAAGGAUCUCUUCAAGAAGAAGCAGCCCAGAAAAAGCUUGAGUUUACCACACAAAAGAGCCGCAUCGAGAACCAGCUGAGCUUUGAGAAGCAGCGCAUCCAAGCAACAGAGGAGCGAAUCAACGUUAUCAAAGUUCGCCUUGAGAAAGUGCAUAGCCAGAUCGAAGAAUAUCAAAACCAGCAGGAGGAGAUCCGCAACCAGCUUGAUCAAUUCGAAGCUGAACUCGAGCUUCUUCGCGAGGCCUUGGAAGAACAGAAGAAAUUCUACGCCCAGUCAGCAGAGACUUUGGCCGAGCAGCGCCGUGAACUUCAGAAGCGCAGCAAGCAUGUUGAGGGUGCUUUGAGAAAUGUCAGCGCCCUGGAGGCGGAGAUCCAAAAGAACUCUUCCAGUCGUUAUACUCUUCUGCGUCGUUGCAAGCUCGAAGAUAUUGACAUCCCGUUGACCGAUGCCUCUAAUGGCCUUGACAAGCUUCCCAUUGAUGAUCUCAUGCAAGGCGCAGAUCCCGAUGCUAUGGAUGUGGACGAGGGAGAUGUCCUAGAUGAGGCACCUGUGGUACACGAUUAUGGAAUUGAGGUUGACUUUGAUGUUCUUGGAGAUUCGCUUAAGGAGGAAUCCGAUGACAAGCUUGAAGACGAACUCCUCGAGAAGGUCCGAGUUUUGAAUAGUGAUCUCGACAAGAUGGCACCUAACUCCCGCGCCAUGGACCGUCUCGAGAGCGUUGAGAACAAACUUCGCAGUACUGAGAAAGACUUCGAAGAUGCCCGCAAGUUCGCAAGAAAGGCCAAGGAUGAGUUUGAGGCUGUGAUGAAGACUCGGUCCGACCUCUUCAACAAAGCAUUCACCCAUAUCUCUGAGCACAUCGGUCCUAUCUACCGCGAACUCACACGCAGUGCCAAUUACCCCCUGGGGGACAAGCGUAAGUACUUGGACAUCGAAGACUCAGACGAGCCGUACCUGGACGGUAUCAAGUACCACGCCAUGCCUCCUCUUAAGCGUUUCCGAGACAUGGAACACCUCUCCGGUGGUGAGAAGACCAUGGCCGCCCUUGCCUUGCUGUUUGCCAUCCACUCAUAUCAGCCAUCACCAUUCUUCGUGCUGGACGAGGUUGACGCAGCUCUUGACAACACCAACGUCGCUCGUAUUGCAAACUAUAUUCAUGACCACGCUGCACCUGGUAUGCAAUUUAUUGUUAUCAGUUUGAAGACUGGCCUGUUCCAGAACAGUGAAGCGCUGGUCGGUAUCUACCGCGACCAGGUGGAGAACAGCAGUAAAUCGCUGACCCUCGACCUUCGGAAAUACACCUAA